UUUUUUUUUUUUUUUUCUUUUGUAGAAUGCUUCGAUUUGCCUUUUGUGUUAUAGGCAUCUACGCAUGCUUUUUAACAUGGGGAGUUGUCCAAGAACGUGUCAGUACUACUCCAUAUGGCGAUCAUGGUUCACCGAAAAAAUUCAAGUUCUUCAUUGUUCUCAAUCUUGUCCAAUCUAUGAUUGCAGCCAUGGUAGCGUUUUUAUAUGUCAAAGCAACGGGACGACAAAUCAAUUUGAAAUCGACACCUAGAGGACUUUAUAUCAAGUAUGCACAAGUAGCUUUUUUCAAUUGUAUUGGAUCCCCCUUUGGCUAUGCAUCUCUCAAGCAUAUUGAUUACCCUACCAUGAUCUUGGGCAAGUCCUGCAAGUUGGUACCCGUUAUGUUCAUGAAUGUUCUUGUAUAUCGUCGUCGGUUCCCUCUAUAUAAAUACUUUUGUGUUGGUCUGAUCACGGCCGGUGUGUCCAUGUUUAUGCUUUAUCAUACAGUGGAAACCAAAAAUAACAACAAUAGCAAUUCGAUAUGGGGACUCUUUUUAUUGUGCACCAAUCUAGCCAUUGACGGUUUGACCAAUGCAACUCAAGACCAAAUCUUUCACAGCUAUACCUCCAUUGUAAGUGGUCAACAUAUGAUGUUUUAUAUGAACGCCAUUGGCUCCCUCUUCUCCGCCAGCUAUCUCAUCUUACAUCCUUACAAUAAUGAAUUACAACAAGCUAUUGCGUUUUGUGCUACCCAUCCUGCAGUUAUCCGUGAUAUCUUACUCUUUGGAUUAUGUGGUGCCCUUGGUCAAUGUUUCAUCUUUUAUACCCUACAACGCUAUGGAAGUCUACGUCUUGUCACUGUUACCGUGACAAGGAAACUUUUCACUAUGCUUAUCAGUGUCUUUUGGUUUCAUCAUAUUCUUAGUCUUGGUCAGUGGAUUGGUGUUGCUCUUGUAUUCUCAGCUAUUGGUUUUGAAGCAUAUAUCAAGAAAAUCAAGAAUAGCUAAACAUUAGGAUCAUCUCUUAAAUAGUAGUGGAUUAUGUGUUGGUUGAAUAUUUAUUAUAGAUUUAUUAGAUCAAGUGCUUUUUUUUUGGAAAUAAAGUUUGAAAGUAGACAAUUUUUUUUUAUUACCAAAGUGU